AGGAGGCUGUGGCUCAUUUCUUCGCUGUUCUUCCUUGGGAGAGGAUGGCUCUGGAGACGGUGCCGAAGGAUUUGCGGCAUCUGCGGGCAUGUUUGCUGUGUUCGCUGGUCAAGACUAUAGACCAGUUUGAAUAUGAUGGUUGUGACAACUGUGAUGCAUACCUUCAGAUGAAGGGUAACCGAGAAAUGGUAUAUGAUUGCACCAGCUCGUCUUUUGAUGGAAUCAUUGCGAUGAUGAGCCCCGAGGACAGCUGGGUCUCCAAGUGGCAGCGAGUCAGUAACUUUAAGCCAGGUGUUUAUGCAGUGUCAGUCACUGGUCGCCUGCCCCAAGGGAUCGUGCGGGAGCUGAAAAGUCGAGGAGUGGCCUACAAAUCCAGAGACACGGCUAUAAAGACCUAGCAAGAUGCACGGCCGCCAGCGUCUCCGUUCCUCGCCUCUGCCUCUGCUUAUUUUUUGUUGUGACAAAAUGGGCAGAGCUUCAAGUACGUCCCACGCUCCGAUUCUGAGACUCAGCAGGCUGUUGGGAGAGCGGCACAAUGUGUCCUUGGGCCAUUUUACCUUCUUCGGACUGCGGUGGGGAGUGGUUUGGGUGGGUGGAUUCACAGAGACUGAAUUCAGCGGGGAGUAGGGUGCUGAUUUUCCUGCCACAGCCCGGGGCUGCAUCCUUGCCCACAGGCAGGACUCUGGGUCAAAUGCCAAUAAAUGUUAAAUGUUCUUAAGCCCAUAACAGAUGCCUCGCCUCCCUCUUCCUUUCUCUGGGCACAGUAAGGGGUCAUGCCCAGUAAGCAUCUUCCCAGAGCAGCAGAGGCCCUUCUGCUUCUCAUUAUCUGUCUCUGAGCCUCCAGGAUUGUAGGCUUUCUAGUGAGCUUCGUUGGGUCUCAGAGGUCUGCUGUGCUGAGUCUAGGCAACCCCAUCCGCCUGGUAGCCCUGGGGUCUGGGGGUUGCAGCCUUCUCCCCUCUAGACCUGGCACAGCAGGUGUCCCUUGAAGACAUCCUGAGGCUUCUUCGUAUUAUUUGCCCUCAACAAUGUUUAAUUCCUUUUUUCCCCCCUUCUUUGUUUUUUUUUUCUGUUCUUUCUAUGCCUUAGGCCCACCAGUGGUGCCCAUGACCUCCCCCUCCCCUACUUUCCAGCGUUCCUAACCGCAGGCCCUCAGGUGUCUGCUGGGUCUUGGUCUGGCUCGUUCGUGCCUCCACAGGAGGUGGGCCUCUCCUUUUCUCUCUGGCCUAGUAAGGGGGCCUUGAGUGAUGCUGUAUGAUAGGCCAAGGUGUGUUAUUUGUUUUGGAAUUAAAUAUUUGCCAUAAAUU